AUGACCUACCUAGUCAAGCACUCCUCAGUAGGAACGGCCUUCCACUACAUCAAACAUCGCAAAUUCGACUUCAGCCGGCAACCCGGCAAAGCCAUCUCCGCAUCCUCCUCGACCGAUGAUCUGCCCUUUCCCGAAACUAGGAGCACCACCGACGAAGAUGCCACCGCCACCGGCACAGAGCUGAAGCAGCACCAGACCAGCCUUGCGGACUGGAGUGGACCCGACGAUCCCAGCAAUCCCAAGAACUGGCCCAUGACGCAUAAAGUUGUAAUGACGGUGCUGCUGUGCACAUAUACGUUUGCAGUCUAUGUCGGCAGUUCCAUCUAUUCGAGUUCGCAAGAGGCAGUGGUGGAAUUGUUUGGCGUAACGCAUGUCGAAGGGAGUUUAGGCAUGGCAUUGUAUGUCUUGGGCUAUGGAAUCGGAUGUCUUCUCUUCAGCCCCCUGUCUGAGGUCCCAGCCAUCGGACGGAAUCCACCCUACGCCGUAUCAGGUUUCCUCUUUGUCAUUCUCUGUAUUCCAACGGCACUGGUCAAUAAUUUCGCCGGCCUCAUGGUAUUGAGGUUUCUCCUCGGUUUCAUGGCCUCGCCGUGUCUGGCGACCGCGGGCGCCUCCCUCGGCGAUAUCUGGACAAUGGCCGAGUUCCCCUUUGCUGUUGCGUUGUGGGCUGCUGUCGCGACUCUGGGUCCUGCUCUCGGUCCUACGCUCUCCUCGUUCGCCGUCAAAGACCUCGGAUGGCGCUUUUCCAGCUGGGAACUGCUCAUCAUAUCAGGGCCAAUCUAUCUGCUCAUGCUCUUCUUCGUGCCGGAGAGCUCAAGCCCGACGAUUUUGUACUACAAGGCGAAGCGUAUGCGAGAGGAGACGGGUAACAUGAGCCUCAUGUCUGAUGCGGAGCGCAAGCAGGCAAGUCUGCAAGUCGGUCAACUGUUGUUCGAUGCUCUUGUCAAACCCUGGGAGAUCAACGCCUUGGAUCCCGCCAUCCUGUUUACGACGGUGUACAUGGGCCUCUGUUACGGGAUUUACUACUCCUUCUUCGAGUCCCUUCCCCUCGUCUACCCCGUCUACUACAACUUCACUGCCGAGUCCACGAGCCUGAUCUUCCUUGCGAUUCUGCCAGCUUGCGUCAUAGCCUUUAGCGCAUACGUCCUCUACCUCAAAUACCGUGUUUUCCCCCGCCUUACAAACGGCACCUUUGGAGAAGUCGAAAACCAUUUACUGCCGGGCAUGGCGGCUAGUCCUCUCAUCGUAAUCGGCCUCUUCAUCUUCGCUUGGACAGCUCGACCAAGUGUCCACUGGAUGGCACCCACCUUUGGUCUCGGCCUGACUAUAUUCGGCAUCUACUUCAUCGCGCAGUCUGUACUGCUCUACAUCCCCAACAUCUACCCUCGCUACGCUGCCAGCAUCUUCUCAGCCAACAGUCUGAGUCGAAGUGCGUUCGCAUUUGCCGCCAUUUUGUUUGCGAGACCCAUGUUUCAGAGCAAGAUGGGGAUUGAUGGGGGCGUCAGUCUGUUGGCCGGGUGCAUGGUGUUGUGUACGCUUGGUAUCUUUGGGCUGUUUAGGUUUGGAAAGGGGUUGAGGGAACGGAGUCGGUUUGCGGUUGGUUGA